CAACACUUCAAAAAUCUGCCACCAAAACGGCACAGUUUUCCAAAUUGCCGGCGGAAGAGUUAUAGCUAAUUUUUCCAUAAAUAACUCCUCUAAAAAGGGAAAAAAAUCUCACAAAAAUAUUUUUCUAUAAGGAUCGUUUAGUUCCAAUAUUAAUUAUUUUGAGAUUAACUAUUUUAUUAUUAAUUAUAUAACAUUAUAAUUUUAAAAUAGUUAAUAAUCAAUAAUUUAUGUAUUUUAUCCAGUUUUAAUAUAAAUAAUUUUAUUUUAAAAUUAAUAUGUAGAUUAGUUAUACGACGGUAACAUUCUAGAAAGUUGAUAAGUUCAAAUCUUUCCAUGUGUCAUCUUUAGAUUAAUCUAUAAAUACCCCCAAAUCUCACAAGCUCCGCCAAAACAAACGGCACCGUUUCACAAAAUGCCGGCGGAGGAACACCACCGUAACGCCACCCCAGCAACGCCGCAUCCACCGACGGACACGGCGGAAGAAGCCAUAUGGCUAUGGACACAAAUCAAAGCCGAAGCUCGGCGCGACGCCGAAGCUGAGCCGGCAUUAGCUAGCUAUUUAUACUCAACAAUACUAUCUCAUUCUUCGCUCGAGCGUUCGCUCUCUUUCCAUUUAGGAAAUAAGCUUUGUUCUUCAACGCUUUUGUCUACGCUUCUCUACGAUUUGUUCCUUAAUACUUUCUCUACUGAUCCUGAAUUGCGUGCUGCUGCGUCGGCUGAUUUGCUUGCGGCGCGGUAUCGGGAUCCGGCUUGUGUUUCGUUUUCGCAUUGUUUGCUUAAUUAUAAAGGGUUCCUUGCUUGUCAGGCACAUCGAGUAUCUCACAAACUUUGGUCUCAAUCCCGAAGGCCACUUGCACUUGCACUUCAAUCCCGAAUCUCUGAUGUUUUUGCUGUUGACAUUCAUCCAGCUGCCAAAAUCGGGAAAGGCAUCCUCUUUGACCAUGCAACAGGAGUUGUAGUUGGCGAGACUGCAGUUAUUGGAAACAAUGUGUCAAUUCUUCAUCACGUAACCUUAGGAGGAACAGGUAAGAUUGGCGGUGACCGACACCCUAAGAUUGGUGAUGGGGUGCUCAUAGGUGCAGGUGCCACAAUAUUAGGCAACGUGAAUAUUGGCGAGGGUGCAAAGAUUGGUGCUGGAUCAGUGGUCUUGAUUGACGUACCACCACGAACAACUGCAGUUGGGAAUCCAGCUAGGUUAGUGGGAGGAAAGGAACAGCCAACGAAGCAUGAGGAAUGUCCUGGAGAGAGUAUGGACCAUACAUCUUUCAUAUCUGGAUGGUCUGACUACAUCAUAUGACCUGCAUUGCAUGAACAACUCGUAGUCUCAGAACAGGACCGAGGGUUCAAUCUCACUGCUGCUAACUAUUACUCCAAACAUUCCAGAUUUAAAACAUCUUUCAUCUAUCAUCUCUUGGAAAAUACUCAUCGUUCUGCUUCUCUGUAUUUACAUACUGUGAAGGUUGAAGGCUGUCGUUUUAUGCAGAGGUAUCUAUGUGCUUGUGGAGUCUCCUUACAACAAGUAUGUAUCAUGAUAUCCAGCAUGUAUGAAUAAAAAGUAUACUCUUCUUGGAAUCGAAUAUUAUUUUCCCACAA